GCCCGUUCACGACACUUUCACGAUUGCCGUAAAGAGGGGGACUCGGAAAAGGCUGCGGCGCGCCUCCGAGCUCCUCGGGAGCGCGCCCCGGGGCUCCGCCCAGACUCCUACGGUGAGCCUGUUCUGCACUUUGAGGCUGGAGCUGACCGGUCCGGGACAGGAAAGAUUUCGGGAUUUGAAAAGGGAACUGGUUUGGGCAGUUCUGAAGAUUCAUAUUUUGAGAACUUAUAACACAGGUGGUGGAAUAAAGAUACCAUCAGGAACUAGAAUCUGUAUGAAGUCUUCCAUCACUGAUUCAAGGUUCACACUCACAGUCUACAUGCUCUGAGAAACUAGAAACCCAUAUUAACGGGAAAUUGGUCCAGAAGACCUGUCUGAAAUGUGGUGGUUUCAGCAAGGCCUCAGUUUCCUUCCAUCGGUCCUUGUAAUUUGGACAUUUGCUACCUUCAUAUUCUCAUAUAUCACUGCAAUAACACUCCACCAUGUUGACCCUGCACUGCCUUAUAUCAGUGACACUGGGACAAUACCUCCUGAAAGAUGCCUCUUUGGAGUAAUGCUAAAUAUUGCUGCAGUUUUAGGCAUUGCUACCAUCUAUGUUCGUUACAAGCAAGUUCAUGCACUGAACCCUGAAGAGAACCUUAUCAUCAAAUUAAACAAGGCUGGCCUUGUACUUGGGAUACUAAGUUGUUUAGGACUUUGUCUUGUGGCAAAUUUCCAGGAUUUGUUGAGAGACUUCAAAGGUUCUAAGAAGAAAUCAACACUAUUUAUUGUACAUGUGUGUGGAGCUGUCCUUGCCUUUAGUAUGGGCUCGUUUUACAUGUUUGUUCAGACCAUCCUUUCCUACCAAAUGCAGCCCAAAAUUCACAGCAAGCAAGUCUUCUGGGUCCGCCUUCUAUUGGUUAUCUGGUGUGGAGUAAGUGCACUUAGCAUGAUGACUUGCUCAUCAAUUUUGUACAGUAGUGAUUUUGGUCCUGAUAUAGUACAGAAACUACACUGGAAUCCAGAGGACAAAGGUUAUGUGCUUCACAUGGUUACUACUGCAGCAGAAUGGUCUAUGUCAUUUUCCUUUUUUGGAUUUUUCCUGACUUAUAUUCGUGAUUUUCAGAAAAUUACUUUACGAGUAGAAGCCAAUUUGCAUGGAUUAACCCUCUAUGACACUAUCCCUUGCCCUGUUACCAGUGAGAGAACACCGCUGCUUUCCCGAGAUUUUCAAUGAAUGGAGACAAUUCUUCUGUGAUGAUUGUGGUUCUCAGGGACUGAGAAAAGAUACACAAAAGUUGCUUAUUAUACUGUGAAAAUUUGAAUCAAUUAAUCAAGGCUGACAGUGACAUUAAUGAAAGAUGAUAUCAGGAGAAAUGUAAUAAGCCAUCUGAUAAGUUUUCUUAAAGGAUGUUGUUAAGAAAACCAUCUAAAAACAUUAUGUCUAGACUUUUUUAUAUCCAGAAAAUAAAACCAAAGGAUAAUGCAA